CAUCAGGGUCUGAAGUUCAUUUCGUCAGCAGGCUACAGUUACACCACCUACCAGCACUUGUUGGUUGGAUAUAUCCGUCUGCAGACCCCAGGUGAAUUAAGACCCUUCAAGCGCUAAAACAAUGCAUUGGAGUGAACUGACGAAAGAUGAGCUCGAGAGGCAGCUGUCCCCCAGCCGGUGGUCGCACAGGAUGUCGGCGGACGACGUGGUCGAGGCCCACGUGAGGGCUCUGGGAGAAGGUACGAAGCAAGCCCGUGGCCUGGCUCAAACUUUGCUCAACGUGCCAUACGGGGAGGGAGAUGGAGAGAAACUGGAUGUCUACAUACCCAGCACCAACUCUUUGGAUGUCCCCCUUGUCAUUUACAUACAUGGCGGUUACUGGCAGUUUCUCAGCAAGGAGGAGUCAGGAUUCAUGGCGGUUCCACUCGUUCAUAAAGGGGUAGUGGUGGUUGCCGUUGAGUACGACAUCGCCCCCAAAGGUAACAUGGACCUGAUGGUGUCUCAAGUACGCAGGAGUGUUGUGUCUGUCAUUCAGCAGUAUUCUCACAUUAGUGGUCUGUACCUGUGUGGCCACUCUGCAGGGGCUCACCUGGCGGCAAUGGUCCUCUCCACCGACUGGUCGCAGUAUAGCAUCACUCCUCAGAUCAAAGGGGCUUUCUUGGUCAGUGGCAUAUAUGACCUUCUGCCAAUCCUGUCCACCUAUGUCAAUGAGCCUCUGAAGAUGACUGAGGAGGUGGCGAUCAGGAACAGCCCCAGCAAGCUGGUCCCUCAGCUCAAACUCUCCUCCUCCAGUUGCAGCGUCGUUGUGGCCGUCGCCGAGCACGACUCGCCAGAGUUUCGCAAGCAGUCCGAAGAAUACUACAAAACUUUAGAGGCGUCUGGACUGAAUGUGACCAUGGAGGAUGUGCCAAACACAGACCACUUCAAUAUCAUCGAGCAGCUGGUAGAUGGGGAGUAUCACCUAACAAAGCUUCUUUUGAAGAUGAUGGGGAAGAGCUGAGGCGUCUUCAACCUGCCAUCUAAUAUCAACAUACCUCCGUAUCGAUAUACUCGUCAGUCAUCACGCACCGAUAAUAUGUAAUAAUCAUGUAGCUGUUUUAAAUGUACAAUUCCUAUCCAUUUUGAUUCAUCAAAUCAAAUAUGGCACAUAUUGUUUGUUUCAUAAUUUGUUAUGAACUGUGUUCACUGUAGUCACUGCUCUCAGAAAAUGCCCUGAGUACGCUUAAUAUUUGACCACCACAUUAACAAGUUGUAAAAACAUUUUGUGCCUAAAACUGAACCUUUUCAAGGUGAUUGUAGCAAAUCAUAGAGCUGACAAACCCGCUGACAUUCACUUGUAAACAGUGACAAUCUGAACCACAAGUCCCCAGAAAGGACAAUAACAGGGUAAUGACAUAUACAAAGUGAAUGUAGCUUUUUAUUGUAACCUCCACAAUGUUGAUAUCUCACGCAGGGAAUUUGAUGUGUCAUCAGCACUUUGUAAACGUUGAUAAUGAAAACUAUAUAUUUGCACUUUUUAUUUAACCUUAAUACGGUUGCAGAAUACUAAUAUUCAGCCAGGCGCGUCUUCAAAUAAAAUAUGAAUAAAAUGUUACUGCUACACAUUGUAACUUACUGUCCUCAUUCUAUUUUCUUUAAUAUAUGUUACAUUAUUCUGUUCUGUUCUGUUGAUCUCAAGGGACAAAUCACAAUAAAUAUCUGAAUCGA